AUUAGAUAUUAAUUGUUAUGAAGAUGAUGAUAUUAUGAAUCAAUUGAAUGCUCAUCUCAUUAUUUAUCGUCAGCUCCGAAAAUGGAUCGCUGAUUUCCCAGGGUUUUAGAUUAAAUGAAAAAGGAAUAAAUAAUAUCAUAAGUAAUCCAAAAAGACUAAAAAUAAAUAAAACAUAACUCUUAAUGAUUUUUAACUUGUCACAAAAAAUUAGGAUAGGGAGGUUUUUGCAGUUUUUUUGAGAAGGUCUAACUCAAAGUAAUUCAAGAGAUGUAUGAAUUGAAAAAAAUUAAAUAGCUCUCGGACACAAAUCAAGAAAAAUUAUUAACCAGAGAAUUGGAUGCUUUAAUUUCAUGUGAAUCUAAUUUCAUAGUAUAAUUUUAUGGUGUAUUUUAUUCUCAAGGUUAUACUUGUAUUCGGCUAGAAUAUAUGAAUUUAGGAUCCUUGGAUAGGAUAUUGCAAAAGGAUGGACUGAUCAAAGACCCCAUGAUGAUGAUAACUUAUAAAAUUUUAUGA